UCUUUUUCUCUUUCUUUGCGCACGGUUCAGUGGUAGGAAAACUAGGAGGAAUCGUUCAGUAAAGUCCCGAGAUCCGUUCGCUAUUCCCCGACUCGAAUAAAAUCCAUAUACACAUAUAUAUCAAAUAAACAAAGGAAAGGAGUCCUCACAGAAGAGAAUAACGUGUUAAAAGUAGCAAAAACCAAUUAAAAAAAAGAAGUGUGCAAUAAGUAAAGAAAGCAGAGACCCAAGGAAAGUUGAAAGUUCAAAACCAGAAUCUCGUCGAGAACAAAACAAAAAGUCCCCAAAAACACAAACACACACACACACACGCACGCAACAAAAUGAGUGUCUGUGAGAGCAAAGCCGUUGUGCAACAGCAACUGCAGCAGCACUUGCAGCAACAGGCAGCCGCAGCAGUUGUUGCGGUCGCGCAACAGCAGCAGGCUCAAGCUCAAGCCCAAGCCCAGGCCCAGGCUCAGGCGCAGCAGCAAGCGCAGCAGCAGCAGGCGCCGCAGGUGGUGGUCCCCAUGACCCCGCAGCACUUGACCCCGCAGCAGCAGCAGCAGAGCACACAGAGCAUCGCCGACUAUCUGGCCCAGUUGCUCAAGGACCGCAAGCAGCUGGCCGCCUUCCCCAACGUCUUCACCCACGUCGAACGCCUGCUGGACGAAGAAAUUGCACGCGUGCGCGCUUCACUGUUCCAGAUCAAUGGGGUCAAGAAGGAGCCCCUCACCCUGCCCGAACCCGAGGGCUCUGUGGUGACGAUGAACGAGAAGGUUUAUGUGCCAGUGCGCGAGCAUCCAGAUUUCAACUUUGUCGGCCGCAUUUUGGGACCCCGUGGCAUGACCGCCAAGCAAUUGGAGCAGGAGACCGGCUGCAAGAUCAUGGUCCGAGGCAAGGGCUCCAUGCGCGACAAGAAGAAGGAGGACGCCAACCGUGGCAAGCCCAACUGGGAGCAUCUGUCCGAUGACCUGCAUGUCCUGAUAACCGUCGAGGACACCGAGAACCGUGCCACAGUAAAGUUGGCCCAGGCCGUAGCCGAAGUACAGAAGUUGCUCGUGCCGCAAGCCGAAGGCGAAGAUGAGCUAAAGAAACGUCAACUUAUGGAAUUGGCGAUUAUUAAUGGCACUUAUAGGGACACAACAGCGAAAUCUGUCGCAGCUUUCUCAUGCGUUGGCUCUGCUUCUUAUCUGUAUCCCGCAGUGUGCGAUGAGGAGUGGCGCCGCCUGGUGGCCGCCUCCGAUAGCCGCCUGCUGACGUCCACCGGCCUGCCCGGCCUUGCCGCCCAGAUCCGUGCCCCCGCCGCCGCCCCGCUGGGCGCCCCAUUGAUACUGAAUCCCCGGAUGACCGUCCCCACAACGGCGGCCAGCAUAUUGUCCGCCCAGGCAGCUCCGACAGCCGCCUUCGACCAGACCGGCCAUGGAAUGAUCUUCGCACCGUACGAUUAUGCGAACUACGCCGCCCUAGCCGGCAAUCCUCUGCUCACGGAAUAUGCUGAUCAUAGCGUUGGUCGAUAUAUGCAUGCCGGCUCCGUCUUUUGAACUUCUUUUUCUCACUCUCUAUUAUUUUUCCCUUGAACAAAAAGCAACAAAAACAGAGAACGAUUUGUAGAGGAAAACCCCACAUAAAAUGUUUAGCUUAAAGUUAUGAAGUUACAGUCACACACAAACUGAAACAGAAAUAUACACACGCACAUAAAUGUAUAGACUGUAUAUAUUUUUAAAAUUAUAUAUUUACCUAGAGACAAAAACCAUAAGAGUAAAACGGCACAUCAAACAGGAAAACAGAAAUACUCAAGAAAAUACAAGCAAAGAAUUAAACUACAUCAACAAUUAUUGCUCGACAAUGAAUUUGCUUUUUUAUGUUGUUUAUUAGAUUUUAGGCCGCAAUGCAACACAUUUCUGCAAUAUGCAAUAUUGGCAAAAAUAAGUGAUUUUUAGGCCCUUAAAUUGUAGUUGCUUUAAUUUUAACUAUAAAACUAUAACCUACAUAUAUGAUUUUCCACCCGAAACAUUUUUAUAUGAGUAUAUUCUAGUUGAGAACAACAACAACGGCGGCAUCCAAAGCAAGUUGUUGAUUUUCGUUUUUUGGAACCCAUGAGUAUUCAAAUUAAAGAGGGCUAAACUUUAUCAUUUUCUCUUCUGAUUAAUAACCCUGUUUUAGUUUUUUUUUUUAAUUGUGGUAUGAGGGUCGAGUCGUAAGUGCAAUCUAGUUAAGUGUCUGUUUUUUAUGUAGUUUAUGUAGUGAGUGUUGCGAUGGGGGGACAGUAUUUAUGCACAAAUGUACCUAACGAAGAGCGAAAAGGAAACCGUUUCAAUUUUUCCAGCCAGUGCCAUUUCUCGUCAAAACCGUAUACUUUGAACAGAAUUGCAGAAAAGCUUUUUUUUAUAUAUAUACACAUAUAUUUAAAUAUAUAACUCUUAGUGGAAAGGAGCCUUGAAUCAAGUUGGUGCUUAAAUAAUAACUUCAGUUAGUUCUAAGAUUAGUCGAGGCUCAAAGGCAGCCGUCCAAGAACAUAAACCAGAAACCAGAAACCAUUAUCCAGAAUCAAUUGAAUGCACGACUAGUCAGCAAGCUGGAGGAACAAAAUGCAAUAUAUGAUUCGGGAGAAUAAUCAUUUCUAGAACAUCUAGCAGUGAACUCGAGACGAAUUACCUAGGCUAGCGGCUUGAAAAUCACUUAUUUUGCAGCCAAAUCAAAUAAAAAAAAAAAGAAAAUACAAAAAAAAUUUAAAUCAGAUCAGAUCAAAUAUCGAAUACACAGCGCAUAUAUAAACGACUCAUUCCAAAGAAGCAGAGAAUUUAAAUGUUACAAAGUUAAAAAAGAAUACAGAUUACGAAAAACAGGUCGAUAAUUCCCCCUCAGUUGGCAAUUGGCUUCCAGCAAAGGCAGCACAGCUUCAGUUUUGAGCAAGCAAAUGGUAGAUGUAAGGACGAUGUAUGCAAUAUGCAAUAUCUAUUAGACCUAAGUUGUACCCUGUAGCGAUGAUGUUCACAUCUAUAUUUAUACAUAUGCAAUCUAUAUGCAAACCUAUAUGCAAACCCAUAUCUACAUGUAUCGUAUCGUAUAUUUUAGUAGGCGCCAUUAAGCAGCAGCGUCGUUUGGCGACUAACCGCGAGCAUCCCUAUCAGCGAGCAACGGUCGGAGUGCCAGCCAAGCCGGCGGGUUUCAUCGAGAUACAGUAAAUACUAAAUACAAUGCAGAGUGAAUCUCGAGAUAAGCGAAGCUUUGCACUAUAACUCAGAAUGUAACACUUUAAAAUCACAACAUCAUAUCAGCGAAAGCAAAACGAAACAAACUUUUAAUCAAUAAUGUACGAAAAAGAACAGAAACCCUUUUAUGAACAACGGAAAUCGAACGAUUGUGUUUGCCUGACCCCACAUUUGAUUGCGUUCACCAGGCGACCGAGCGAUCACUUUAGUUCAAUUAUUUUAAAAUUUUUUGCUAUUUAUUUUGAUACAAAUGCUGCUCAUAACUGAACAUCCGCACCUCCCCCGCAAAUCCACACUGUAUAUCCGAUGAAACCUGGCCGGAAACGUUGGCCUGGCCUGGCCGCUCUGCCCUGAUAAUGGGUUCUGAAAAAGAAUUUUCAAGCGCACCGCCUCCACAGAUAUAUAAAUAUUGCAAUAAAAAAUCCAACGGAAACUAAACCAAUAUCCUAAACACACUACCAAUCCGCUCCUACAUCCGCCAUGAACCAUGAAUCCAUCGACUGCCCUAGAUGAGCACGGAAUCAGAGCAGCAGCAGCAUCCCAGCCAUCCCAGCCAUACCAGCCAUACCAGCAAUCCCAGCCAGGCCGAAAGCAGAGCCAAGUGUGUGUUGUGAAUGUGCUUACUUGAAGCUAACAAAAUACAAAAACAAAACAAAAAACCGUAACUAAAAGCCAGAAAUCUGAGCCAACACAUGUCACUUACACAACUACUAAAACACUGAAACCCGAACUCUGAACUCUGAACUUAUUUGCCACAUGAGCAGCAGAUGCAGCACAUUCAACACCUGCAGCAGCACAACAGCAAAAGCAUCAGCAAAAGCAACAGCAACAGCAAAAGAACAGCAGCAACAUCAGUAUGUAUUGAAUCUUGUGGCCAUUAAACUGUUACGUUUUGCCCGAAACAAAACAAGGCAAUUAAGCAAACAAUUGAUAAGAGAAUCAAACAUAGAGCUUAGUUUAAUUAUCAUAAUCUAAAGGAAAAUACAAGUUAGUUCUUAGUGUAAAAGUUCAACGAACAAAAACAUACUUAAUGCAAACAUAUACAUAUAUUUUAUAUAUUUAAAUAUAUAUACAUCCAAAUGCAUAUACAAGUCUGUAUAUAAUAACCCCCAAAAAACAACCCCUAACAACAAAAAACUAAGUAAAAUCAUGUUAACGGAAUCUCAUCCAAGAAACUCUACUCAACCAAACAAAAUGUUUUAAUUUUUUUAAAGAUCCGCCCUUUUAACUCAAAUUGCAAAUAUGAAUCUUUAACAUUUUUCAUUGUUUCAUCCUUUAAAGGAUUGUGCAAGAAGUCUAUUCAAAUCCUUAUUGUGUCGGAUAUAGAUCUUCACCCCUCGAUUAAGCAUAAUCUAUUUUUGUUAAACUGACGCUAAUUCUUGUUAAUGAAGUAUUUUUUGAUUAUGUUAUUGCAUAUCUAUAUUUUAUGUAUAGAUUUCGUACCCCACUUCAAAUUGAUUGUGUGAAAAGUAAGUGGGGGCGAAACAGAAACCACAUAUUAAACACAUUUAACAGCCAUAUUUAGUUAAUGAAACAAACAUAUAUUAUGAUAAUAGCAUCAAGCAUUCAUAAUGUACAACUAAACGCUAAACUUAAAUUAUUUUUAAUAUUUUAAAGCUAAUGUAUUAUAUGCAGAAAUAAACACAAACUUACUUUUUUAAA